UAUUUUUAUUUUAUUUUUUUAUAUUUAUUUUUGUUUAUUUAUUUAAUUUUAAACCAAGGAUGUUAUGAUAUUUUACCGUUUAAUGAAUGUCAUUUUUGUGACUUUCUCAUUCUAGUGCCAUUUUUGAGACAAAAACUCAAAAGGUGAUAUUAUUGACAAUUGCCCUAAUAAUUAAUCAUUUAAAACAGUAUUGUCUAAUUGUUCAUAAGUAGGCUUACUUGAAUAAAAAUAAUUGUUUUCUCACAUAUGUAGGAAGCAUUUGACAAAAUGUUAGGAAGAAAAAAGUUUAGAAAAGCGAAAAUUGAAUACUUUUAAAACAUAUUAUUGACGAAUUGUUCAUGAGUAGGCUUACUCAAAUAAAGAAGAUUUUUUUUCUCACAUAUAUUACAAAUCAUUUUAAUACGUGUAAUGUUAAAAAGAUAAAAUUUAAGAGAAACUAUUUAAAAAAAUAAUUGUAAACAAUAACUAUACUUUAAAGUUUGUUUAUCUAUGAAUUAUUCUAUUUUUUGUUCAUGGGUAGGCUGUCUAUGGCUUGUAUGUGAUUCUUCUAUCUGUUAGUCAUGGGUAAGAGGUUGGUAUUUGAAGAGCUUUUCGAGUAUAUGUUUGGGGACAAACCAUUAGAGAAAAAAGUAUGUGUUAAUGGAAUUCUUUUAAAUGGUUUGAAUUUCUGUAUUUAAAAAAAAAACUUUAUGACAGUGUUUAUACCAAUCAAUAACUAAGCUGUAUGAUUUUUAUUAUGGUUACACCAAAGUUGGAUUGUAAUGGUAUUUUAUGUAAUUAAUCUAGUGAAAGAAGGGUAUUUUAUUUAUGGCUAUGAGAAGGAUUCUAAUGAUGUCACCUAAGUAAUGACAUUUUGGUUAAUCACACAUGAGGGUAAGGUUAUUUAAUAAUAGUGCUCCUCAAAUAAUAUAAAAGGGAUUCUAUUUUUUUUUUCAUCAAUUUAUGCAGAUUCAUACUGACUUUGUGAACUAAACCGAAAGAUCUUGAUCUAUGUAAACGACGAAAGAUAGUUGCUUCCUGAAAUUGUGUACUAGGCUAUUCGCCUUUGAAUUUUGCAUCUUUGGUACAUAGAUGAUCUCUGAUUGGAUGAAACUUUCUUUCAGGACCUUAAUAUCUUCCAAAUAACUUGCAAAAGUUGGCCAUUCUUCUGGUUUCGAAACCAUCUUCAACAAUUGAAAACAAUUCGUUGCAAAUGUAACUUGAAAUUAACGUAAGUUUCUCAUAUAUUUCAUUGCUCAUAAUAGCGCUUCCAUCUCUGCAUGAAGAAGAGGAGACUAGCCCGAACAUUCCUCACUCCUAUCAGCCCAUCAAAUCCUUCUAAAGUGCUGAGCCAAUCCUGUCCGGAGAAAAUAUCAUUCUCUUUCCAGGAAAUAUCUGUGAAACACCAUCUUCCUGGAAUUGACGGUAGAGUCGUAAUCUAUACGUGUGGUAUUGUCCUCUGUUCGUUCAAUAUAUGUGUCUCAGCCCAUAGUGUUGAUUCUGUUUCUGCCAAUUUAAGGUGUCCCUAGAAUCAAUGUCCAAAUUACUAAAACUUUAUUAUUUCUUAUUUUCCAAAUGUACCAUAAUAUCCAUGCAAACUAAUGAUCAUCUAUCUUCGGGAAAACUCUCCAGAAAAGAUGAUUCAUGUUUGUAAAGAGAGAGUUUAUUGGGAAAAUAGCUGGAUGUGAUGAUAUCUUUGAGAGAGCCCAAACCUGGAGUGCGGGAAGACAUUAAAAGAACACAUGGCUUAUCAAUUCCUCAUCGGCUCUGCAUCUUGCACAUCAUAUAUCUCCUUGUAUUCCUCGCGCUUGCAGAUUCUUUUUGAUUGCUAUACACGAUGUCCCCAAUUGCCAUAAAAAAUGUUUUAUCUUUGGUGGACACCGUAUUUUCCAACAGAACGCCUUCAAUACAUCAACUGUGGGCCUCGUGGGGUUUGUCUUUUCUUUUGUUUGAUUAAUGUUGUAGUCCUUAAUUACCAGAUAUAUAUAUAUAUAUAUAUAUAUAUAUAUAUAUGUGUGUGUGUGUGUGUGUGCAUGGAAUGUUGUUUUUCAGAUAUUGCUAAUAACUGGAGUUUUACCAGAGGUUUGACGAGUUACAUAUGUCACUUGAUUGAGACUUGUAGACAUGAAUAUGACUCGUUAUGUAAUUAAAUAGAUAAAGCAAUGUUUAGAUUGAUAGUUUACAGUAGAUUUGGUAACAUAUACUAUGAAUAAACACCUCGGUGUUGAGUAUUGUUUAAUCUGAAUUUGGUAUAGUACUCAAGACUUCGAUAUGAAUUUUUUGAAAGACGUUUAUUGAAUGAUCUUAAGAUGAUUUCGAAGAGACUGAAUGAGUUUUGGUGAGCAAGAACAACCUGGCAAAACCAAUGAGAUUAAUGUAAACCCUAAUCCUUGUGUCGUGUUCUCGUGUGUUAAUCCUUGUGUCGUGUUCCUAUUAACUUUAGAGAUUUUAGAGCUAUUUGAGAUGAAAAACUGUGCAGUCACAUCAGAGUUUAGCAACGAGUGGAAGACUUCCUGUGAUCUGGUGAAGCUCAUAUAUUUACACAAGAUAUAGAAUUGAGUUAGAUUUCUAAUGCCACCAGUUGGAGGUCGAUCAGACGGUUUGAUCAAAAUUAAUGCUCGUUUUACUGAAGAGUGGUCCGUCUGAAGCGCGAGAGGAAGUUGUCGAGCUUAUAUCAAAGUUUUGAUCGACAUUCCUUCUGAUUUGCUCCCGACGAGUUUUUAUCAGUGUCUAAGAAUUUCAGUUUGGCCCAAAAGUUUUUCCUAUUUACAAAAGAGGCUAGAACGUGUUUAAAUGUAUAUUAUAUGUUUCUAAGCCAUUAUUGACGGCUAAGCUUUAUCUUUAGAUUUAUAGCUAGAGAUAAAUUAGAACUACUUCAGAGAUUGAUCUUAAACUCUUGUUGUUUAUUAUUUAUACAUUUUAAUUAGUUUAUUAUUAUGUCUGAGUAGUUCUAUUGUUAGAUUUAGGAUUCUUUAAAAGUUAUUGAAUGAAUUUGACUUGAUAAGAUUGUUUGGGUAAUCUUUUGGUUCUUAAAUUGUUUAUAACACUAGUUUUUCGAUUAAUCACUCUAAAUCCAGAUCUUAGGAUAAUUAUGAGACAUGAUAGUAUCUAUUUCUGGAACUGAACUUAGAUGAGUUAAAUGUUUAUUCACACCAAGAGUUGUUUUAAGGAUUUAGUGAACUAAUCAAACCUGAGAUCAUUGCUUAUCUGAAAUAAUUUAAUUCGCAACAAGAGUUGAAACCUUCUAAACUUAAAUUCUAAAACCCUAAUUGCAUAGCAUCUUCUCUAACCCGAAGCCUCUUCUUUUUUUAUUCUCAACUUUUUGAUGAUGGUGGUGGAGGAGAUAUUUUUGAUGGUGGAAGUGAUGCUGGUGAAAUGGAAGAUUAAUCAUGUUGUGGAUGGGGAGGGGAAAGAUCUCAGGUCAUGGUGGUGUUAGGAUAAAUGGCUAGGCAGGUGAUGUGGGAGUAGGGGGAGGAGAUAUUUCCGGUUGCAGCUUAUCAGGUGAUAAAAGAGUAGGAGGAGGAGCUCCAAUGUGGAGGUGGUGAGGAAAAAGGUUCUGGUGUUGAUGGAGUCGCCAUAGGAGGAGUGACCGUGGUGGAGGUUUUGGGAUCUCUGGUGAAUUUUUGUCAGUGGGCUCUCUCGUUGGAGAUAUAGCAUUACCAUCAGAAGACAAAGGUUAACCGGUUUUCUCGAUCAAUUCGGGUUUAGCUAUUGAAUCGUGAUCUCAGUCUAUUGUGUUGUAUGUGUAGUGUGGUUCAAUUAAUAUGACAGUCUCUGAUUCAGAAUCAAUGUGUGAAACCCACUUUUGUGACUUUCCGUGCACUCUCGAGGAAGAGAGACGUAUUUUGAUGGAGUUGAUGAGAGAAGCAGAGGAUCAAUUGAAAGAGGAGAACUCAUACUUCGUGAUCUUAAACAUGUUGGAUUUAUCAAUAAGAAGCUCGAUAUUGACUUCAUGCGGCGACAAAGGUGUUUAUGAAUCUUGUGGAGAUUCAUGGAAGAGUUUUCUCCAGGUAGAUUUCUUGAACCUGAUUAGAUCUUGCCUUUCUGGGUUUUCAAUUUGAUUUCAAAGUUGCAAAUUUGUGAAAUUUAGAGUUCUGAUUCGAUGAAGAAAGUUGGCUGUUUCAGAGAAGGUGUUUGUGUGAGAUACUGAUUAGAUUCUAGAAUCUCUAAGUUUUAUCUUAAACUUGAACCUAUUAUUAAUACAGUUGACUAUUCAUUGGAAAAAGUUGUUGGAUUUGUAGAUUGGUUGGAAGCUUAAGAACAUGAUGGUAAGGAACUGUUUGCAACCUUAUGUGGUUAACUUUUAACACUCUCAUCCAUGAAUUUUGUAGAGGUAAGAAGUUACAAGAGGCUAGUAACCACACUUCAUUUAUUCAUGUUCCCUAAACACCAAAUUUGUUAAUACUACCACGCCUUCUCUGACCACAACUCUUACAAAUUCAGCACACCAAAAGCUACCCUGUCCACCAAUCUCCAACACAUAGCUCACAAAUCCACAACUCGUAAGUCCACGACUUCACUAACCAUAUCUUCCAUGUCCACAUUAGUAUGAGGGGUAUUUUUUAGUCAAAAAAAUAACAACAACAUAAGCUAAAGUACACCUCAAAUUCAAAGUAAUCCAUUUUGUUAAAAGACUCUUCCAAAGUACUUAAAUGUUCUAACCACUCUUUGUAUAUUGAAUAAAACACAAAUGUAUAUAAAUUUAUUGAUAUAAUUUAAUUUUGGGGUUAGUUUCAAGAAGGAAACAAGAUAAUUGAAAAAAAAACUCAGCAAUGGGAAUUGAUCAACAUAUCGAAAGAUCAAGACAACUGGUUACCCAGUAACUGAUUCUAGAGAAACCAAAUGGUGGUAUUCGGUUUUUUAUAUGUCUUAUCGUUUGAUCAUGUCAAUCCCGGUACACAUGUAUUUAGUGCUAUAAAGUGACUUCUUAAUUCCGAAAGGCUACCACACUGAUUACAUCUGAGGGGAUUGUCGAAUCACCUUUAACCAUACUACAAAGUAAACUAAUUGGACCAAAAUCUAAGUUGAAACUUCCCAAACUGAUAUUUGUUUAAACGGAGACUCGAAUCACCUUUAGCACAUUUCCAGGUUUUGGCAAAACUGUUUUGCUUAUCAAUUGACCACAGUCAUACAAGCAAUGGUGGUAUUCUGCCUUCCUCGACUAUGGCCAUUGUGAAAUCUUCUGCUCUUGGUUUUCCCUUCGCCAUUUCACAACUUAGAUGGUACAUAUUUUAGUUACAAAUCCCUGUUCUCCCAUUUUUUGCAUAUUUCUUUCAAUUGUUCCGGUGUUAGUAUGUUGUGUUUAAACUUUGGUAUGAACACGUCCUUGUUAAUAGGGGCAAUGCUUUCAUCAUGGGUGAUGACAUUUUACACAUUGUGGCAACUUGUGUAGAUCCAUGAGGUCGUGCUGGAAAGACAGUUUAAACGUUACCGGAGCUUGGUGUGUACGGAUUUGGCCAAACCUAGGUUGUUGGUUGGUAGUGCCACAAAAUAUAUUAUGUACUUGUAAUGUUAAUUUUAGAUAGAUUUUGUAGCGAGUGAUCUCUUAUAAGAACAUCCCAAUCCUUAUGAUUUCUCUUAAUAUUAAUAUUUCCAUAUUCUCUUAAUCCUUAUUAUUUCUCUUAAUGCUAAUAUUUUAAUAAUUUUUGUAGUUAUGUAGAAUUAUAUAUAUAUAUAUAUGUGUGUGUGUGUGUGCUCCCUUUGUAUAUUGAAUUAUAAGACAUAAGAGUGUUUAUAUACUUUAAAUGUUUUUUUUUCUAAAAGAGAAACAAGAUAACUCAACAAUGGAAACUGGUCAACAAACGAAAGAUCUAAACAAUCAGUUACCGGUAAUGGUUUCUCGAGAGGGCAAAUAGUGUGCAUUUGAAAAUGUCUGCCAUGGUCGGCGCUGGUGUUUUUGGUUUGCCCUUCGCCAUUCCAGAAUUUGUAUGGUUAGUUACAGAUCACUAUACUAUACUAAUUUAAAGAGGCAGCUACGAUGGCAGCCAAGCCAAAUACUAAUCCCGCAAGACCUUGUUUAGAAUUUUCUCUCAUGUUAUCAUAUUCAAUUAUCUUUUUUUUUUGGUAAGAAUGUGAAUAUCAUUAAUGAUGAUACUAAUGAUAUUUACAUUCUUAGCAACAACAAAAAACAAGAUAAUUGAAUGUGAUAACAUGAGAGAAUGUUCAGUUAUCUUGUUCAUGAGAAUGUUAUUUAGGCUGCCACUGCAGCUGUCUCUUUCAAACUCUUUCUAUGAAAUCAACUGAUUUUUAAGCUCUUGGUGACAACUCAUAGUUUCUUCUUUUCUUUUACUUUUUUUUUGCGAGCACACACAUAUAUAUAUAUAUAUAUAUAUAUAUAUAUAUAUAUAUAUAUAUAUAUAUAUAUAUAUAUAUAUAAAGUUGUCAUGAGCUAUUUGGUUUUCUAGCUACUUUUAUCUAGACAAAGCUCUUUAGAGCAUAAUUUUUAUUCUUAUUGAAUCUGCUACCAUGAUGAAGAAUUUCAACUUCACUCCUUCCAACAUUUCUUCGUAUUGUGCACUUUCUCAAAAAAAAAAACAUUUCUUGGUAUUGUAGCGGGUAGUUCAUACGUCGCUAUGUAACCAGAGGCGGACCUAUGUUAGUCAAUGGGAUGUCAGGUGACACACCUUUUAUUUUUUUAAAGUUAAUAUAUAUGCACAUUCUAUAAUAUUGAACGAUUGAACUAUGUUAGUUUUGACACACCUUUAAUCUCUAACCCACUCUUAGUAUUAAUUACAGAAAAUUCUACUACAAGCCCAAUAACUAACCCACAUAUAUUACAAUUAUAUUUAACUAAUAAAUACUUUAAACUUUAAAGCCCAAAUAAAUUUAAGUUAGAAAAUUGUACCUUUUACAGUUUUACUCUUGUUAUCGAAAACGUUUGCCAUCUUCUUUAAGAAAAUAUCAAGCAAACCAGACUGGCCCUGUUCGUUUCGGAACCGCUGCGGCAUCGGCAGCGACAGAAAAUACAACAGUGAUUCUAUUAAUUAAUGGAGUGAAACGUGGGUGACGGAGCUAUUUAGUGUCGCAGCAGCAGAUCUAUUACAAACAAGAUACGUCGCUGAAAAAAUUCGCGUCCAUAAAAGACGUCACGGAGUUAUCCGGCGAUCACUUCCAGCGACUAUUUCUGUUUCACCAUAGCUACUUCUCUCUUCAUUAGUGUUAAUUUUCUGGUCGCUGCCGCUGCCGCAUCGAUUCCGUAACGAACAGAACCACUAACAAUCGCCAUCAAAACAGGCAUGCCCCUUUUGAUCUUUAAAAAAAAACUAAUUUGCUUUUAGUGAUCUAGUUAUCCAAUUAAUUUAUAUUAGUGAUCUACUUGAUUUUGCCGGUUGCCACUGCAACUGUUGAGAGAAGUUUUUCAUCCAUGAAAAUGGUGACGACAAAUCGACGAAAUCGGAUUGGAGAUCAGGUUUUGAAUGAUUUUUUAAUUUGUUUUAUCGAAAAAAAUGUAUUUAAAAAAAUACAAAUGUGACUGUGAUGAAAAUAUUUCAAGAUAUGAAAGAUUGCACUCAGAUUACAGAGUGCUUUUAUAAGACUGUUUUUUAUCUUUUUGAAUACUCCCUCCGUUUCAAUAUAGAUGAUGUUUUAGGUGAUUAUUUUUAUUUCACAAUAGAUGAUGUUUUCACAUAUAUAGGUAACUUUAAUUUUAUCAAAAGCUGUGUAGCCAAUUGCGUUUUUAUUAUUGUUGUUUAUAAGUAAAUAAAUUAGUUUUAAAUUAUAUUUUAAUGAUUUUGUAUAGAUAAUCUAAGUUUCUUAAUAUAUGUGCAAAGAGCCAAAACUUCAUCUAUUAUAAAAGAGAGAGAGUAUUUAUUUUUAAUUAUAUAUUGACACAUGUUAAAAAAAUUCUUGUGUCCGUCACUGUAUGUAACUAAUUAUUCACAAUUACAAUUAAUUAAUCAAAAACGUUAAUAUACGAUCAUUGUACUUUUGUGACAAUUUUCCUUUUUAUACUUCAGCGUCAAUGGAAUUUAUAGCAAUAUGUGUUCCAUUUUUUGGAGCGCUACAAGGGUUUAUUGAAAGUCUAUACCCAAAAUGGAUCUCUUCAAUCCCACUAUAUAAAAGAAGCUAAAUUCUAGCUUCCUAAGGCUAUCCACAUGGGCAAAAUAAUCAGGACCAACCAAUAUGCCAGGUCAUAAGGAAGUGGGCUUGAAAUUAAAAAAAAAACGAAAUCAUCACGGCCCAGUCCAUAGCCUCAUCUCCCUGCCUCUCUUCAUAUGUAUUUUGUGUCACAGCCCAUUAAGCCCAACUCCCAGACAAAUCCAGAUACGCUCUUACGGUUCGGGUUAUAUCGCCCCUUCCUCUGAAAUCAUCAUCCCUAACCCUAAGCGGCGUCUCGCUCUGUUUCGCGAUUCUCUUCCUCUCCCCCAACUCAUCCCCCAUAACGCCUCCGAUGAGAGUGAUGGUACUUCAAUGUGCUCUCAUAAAUCCUCCAUUCAUGAUCCCCACAGACCUUCCACAUACCCUCUCCGUAUCCAUACCCGUACCUCAGAUCUUAAAAUCCAAACCCUCAGAUGUUAAUUAAAUGUUUAAACUUACUUAAUAUUUUAAAACAAAAAAAAACUGAUAUUAAAUUAUUUGACAUCUUAUUAUGGAAAUUCACAUAUAUUAAAACAAGGAAAGUCAUAGUCUCGAAUUAUUUGACAUCUUAUUAGUUUUUAUUUGUUAUAAUCAUAACUUAAUUUAUUAGUAAUAUUUUUCUUACCAAUAUCAGAGUCAUCAAGUUCGAACACAACGAAACGUAAACGCGGACGUCCACUAGGAGUACGGAAUAAAGUGAAAGGUAUACACAAAAUUAAAUCACUUAAUCCAGCAAUGUUCUAUAUUUUUCAAUUAUUAAAAGCCCAAAUAUAAUAGAGACAUGUCUCGACUACUUGCUCCAACAAAAUAAUUUCAUUUACUUAUUCUACUUAUUCCCGAACAGCUCCAUCUGCGGCAAUUUCCAAUCAGGCUAUGUUACGCAAUGACAAUUAACAAAAGUCAGGGUCAAAGUUUGAAAGGUGCCGUACUGUAUUUGUCACAGCCCGUUUUCACCCAUGGACAGUUCUAUGUUGGUCUUUCCUGAGUUACUACCAAGUCAGGCCUCAAAAUUAUACAAGGAAAGGAUCAAAAGAUAGGAAGGGUUAAAAACAUUGUCUACAAAUAAAUAUACAACGGUCUAUCGCACCUACCAGGUAAUCCAAUAUUAUUUGCAACCCAAUACACAACAUUAUACAAAAAUACUAAAUUAUUUUCUCUCUCUCCUCCAGAAUCACGAUCCGAUGAUCACCCAGAGCAGACUUCCCGGAAUCUUAAACAACUUUCUAUACCAUAAGAUGCAAACUACCAGUAAGUCUGCCCACCCGAAACUCUUUAAACUCAAUAAUUAAGAUGUACUAACAAAAUUGUUUUUAUCUAUAGGUCCGCCCGCAAUAGAAAGUGGCCGCUCUACAAGAUCAUUCAUAAUAUACCUCACAGACAUCGUUUACGUCUUAUCUUAUUUUAAUUCUUUUUCGUUAUCUACUGGAUUCUAUUCCCUUUGGACAAUUACUUAUUUCUAGUGUCAAACUAUUUUGUUUCUACGUCUUCACAUCCAAAAAAACAAAACUUAACUCACACUUUCAAAAACUAAAACUCCAAAUUUUAAUAAAAAUUACUUUAAUUACAUAUGUAAUCCGCGCGAAGCGCGGACACCGGCUCUAGUAUUCUUAAUUUCACAGUUUAGGCAUUUUUAUUGAUAAAAAUCAUGGAUUUGAUUGGUUAUCCUUUGUUCCUUUUUUUUGCACUUGUCAUCGUUGUAUGAUUGGUCAAGCUGCCCACCAUGAAUUUUAUAAAUUGGUGCAUUUAUGUACUGAUUUUUUUUCAAUGUCCUUGUUGAUAGAUCAAAAUUAUAAAAGUACUAGGUGAUGAUCCGCGCUAUGCGCGGGGUGAAUGAACUAAAAAAAUUUAAUAAAUUUUACUCUAUAGAUAUUGAAAAGGUAGAAAAAGUAAAAUAUUAUACAUGGUAUAGAUUAGCAGAAGUACAUGUUUGAUAUACAGAUUGAUGCAAAGAAAAACAAUUUGGGAUUGGAAGUUUACUGGAGUUUUUAGUUGAAAAGAUAUUACUCGAGUAUCCGGAUAACGAUAAUCUUAUUAUGGUAGAAAAAUAGUAAUUGUCUUAUUAACGAAGUUGUAACGUUAUAUUUUUUUAAAAUUAUACCGGUUCUGGAGUACAUAAAAUUGUAAAAAAAUAAAAAUAAAUUGAAGUAAAUAAUAUUAGGUUGAAAAAAAAAACAAAAAGAUGUAAAUAAUAUGAAUUUACCAAUUUAGUGGGUUGAUUAAGACUCGAAUUUGUAAAAGAGGUCCAUUGUUGAACCUUAAUAUCGAUUAUGACUCACAAUACAUAUUCGCCUCUUUUAAUAUAUCUUUUAUUUUAAAAAAGUAUUUUUACUAAAAAUUCUCGAGGGUGCACAAGAUAAAGGUGAUAGUCAUAUUAAAUGCUAGUCAAUUAAAAUAAUAUUAAAUGCUAGUCAUUUAAAAUACUUUCAAAAUUGAAGAUAUUAUAUGCAUAGGGCGAACAUUAAAGAAUUCUACAUUAAAAAUGAUAUUUUUCUUAAAAUAAAUCGGAAAGAAUUAAAAAUUUUGCAAUUUAAUGUCUGUCACCAUUUGAAUGUAUUUUGUGGAAUUGCUUAUAAAUAUUUUAUAUAUGACAUUUUUAUUUUACAAUAUAAAACAGUUUAUAUUGUCCACUCCGAAAAUAAAUUUUAUUCACAUGUAUAAUUGUCUCUAAGUAUCAACCAAAAUAAAUUUCACAAACAAAUAAUUAUAGAAGAACAUAAUUAUAAAUCAUUUAUAUAUUCCAGUCCUUAAAAAAUGUCAUCUAUCAUUCAUGAAUCGUAAAGAAGAUAUUAUAACAAUAUGAAUCGUAUAUAUAGUCAAAACCCUAUCACUUGUGAAUAUAAAUAUCAGACAAUCCUAUUAAUUUUGUAUAACAUUAUAAUCGUAGGUUUUCAGAAAAUUAUAGAAAGUAUUAUAUGCAAGGGGAGAAAAUAAAGGAAAUCUAUAAAGUGAUAGUUGACUUUAAACUUAAUCGAAAAAGAAUAAUAUAAAUUUCCAAAUUUAAUGUCUGUCACCAUUUAAGAUAAUUUAGAAAUCUAAAAGUCUUGUUGCAAAGUAAAUAUGAGUCUGUAAAGUUGAUGACAAAAAAAAAAAAAAAAUCUUGUUGCAAAAGUUAAUGGAUUGAAAAAAAAUUUAAUAUGGAAUUCUGUUUUGGAUGUAUUUUACAAUCACGCAAGAUAUUCCACAAAUUUUGACAUUUUUAUUUUACAAUAUAAAACCGUUUAUAUUGAUGAUUCCCAAAAUAAAUUCCCAAAAUAAAUGUCAUGUAUCCCAUAAAAAUCCAAAAAUAUUAAUCAAAAUAAAUGUCACGUAAGGAAGUUUAUAGAAGAACAUAAUUAUGAAUAGUUUAUAUUUCCCAGUCCCAAAAAACUGUCAUGUAUCAUUUAUGAAACGUAAAGAACAUGAAUCUUAUAAAAACAUGAAUCAUAUGUAUAUAGUCAAAACUCCAUCAGUUUUUAAUUAAAAAAAAAACAUAAUGUAUGAUAACUUCUAUGAAAUAAUAUAAUCCCUCCGUUUCGUAUUAUUUGUCAUUUUAGAGUUAAAAUUUUGCUUCAUUUUAAGUGCCGUUUUAUGUUUUCAAUUCAAAAUUUAAUAAUAAUAUUUUCCAUUUUAUUUUUCUAUUGGUUGAAACAUGGAUAAGUGUAUAGGUAAUGAUGUUUUAAUUUUGGAAAUAUGCAAAAUUAAAUGUUUUCUUAAUCAGUGUGCAUAAAACUAAAACAACAAAUAAAGUGAAACGGAGGGAGUAUCAUACACAUCGAAGAAUCCACUAAUAUUAUGCUAAGAAUUUGUAAGAUAAUGAAGCAUAUACAUUGCUCAAUCCACUAAUAUUAUGCUAAGAAUAUAGAUAACUAUAUUUCACCGUUCAUUUUGUGGCUAUAUGUGUUUUGUUCGAUAAUUAUUAAAAUACAUUGCAGUGAGUAAUUAUACCUUGAAAUGUUUCAUGCUAUACAGGGCUUCUUCUUAUAUAGGAUAGUAAUAUAAUCUCUUUAUAUUACUAAAUUUUAAUGAGCAAUUGCAUUAUAUGUAAUUAGUCUAAUUUAACAAAGGCUAUGAGAAUCAAGAAUGAUUCUCAUGAUGACACAUAGGAAAUGACAUUUUUGUUAAUCAGACAUGGUAAUAAGGUUAACUGUUUAAAAUGCUCCUCAAAUAAUUAAAAAGGGAUGUUGAACAUGCAUCCCAUCGGUCAUAGACAUUAAUAUUUGAAUAGAUUGAUUUAUAAUUCAGUUAUAUUUACGGUAUUUAGUUGAUGAGAAGCAUACUGAAUUUAUAUUGUUUUAUAUCAAAAUGAAAACUCAAGUUAGAAUCAAUGAGAACCAUUUUAAUAGUUAUAUAGACCACCAGCAACAAAAAAAAUAUUAUUUUCAAAGGCGUAUGAUUUUCACCUUAUCUUCCCCAUUAGUGAAUGUAGAAUGAACUCGGAUAUUGAUAUGUCUGUGAGUGUGAAUUAUGAUGAGAAGAUGUAUUUCACGACACAUAUAUACAUAUACAUACAUAUAUAUACAUAUAUAUAUACAUAUAUAUUUGAUCAAAUAGUAUAUAGGGCUUUGAUGUGAAAAAAUAGUUUUAGUGUGAAAUAUAUUUAUCCCCAUAUAAAAUUUUAGUAACAUAAAUCGGAAAGAUAAGUCAAUUAUUUCUGAAAUUAAUAUGCCUAAAUUAGUGGAAGUACGUAUACGGGCUUUCCUUAAAACAUAUUCAAAUCAUUACACGAUCCAUAAGAAGCCACAAUAGUAUAUCACUGUAUUAACUCAAAUGCUUAAAGUUAUGAAUCAUUCUAAUAUCUACUUACCUUUUAUUCAGAAAUUGAUGUAUUAAAAGAGAAUUUGGACAUAACUCCAAGUAAUCAGUAAUUCAUAAGAUCUCAAAUCACGUUACGGGUCAUUAUUAUAGUGCACCGAAUGAAACUCCUAGGUUCAUGAUUUUUGAAAUAUUUCAUAUAGAACUAUUAUAUAUACUAUAUUACACUUAUAUAUAAAUUUAACAGUAUGUUUCAAUAUGUGCUACCUAACUAUAUAAACUAACAUAAUUAUUGCUACUUUUAAAAAAUAGAUCAAAUGAAACUCCUAGGUUUAUAAUUUUGAAAUAUUUCAUAUAGAACCUAUAUAUAAUAAAUUUACACUUAUAAAUAUACAUUUAACCAAAUUUUCCGUAUGAAUAUUUGUGCUACCUAACUAUAGAAACUAACAUAAUAAUUAAUCCUUUAAAACAAUAUUGUCUAAUUGUUCAUAAGUAGGCUUACUUGAAAAAAAAAAUUGUUUUCUCACAUAUGUUAGGAAGCAUUUGAAUACGUGUAGACAAAAUGUUAGGAAGAAAAAACUUUAGAAGUUGAAUACUUUUAAAACAUAUUAUUGACGAAUUGUUCAUGAGUAGGCUUACUCGAAUAAAAAAAAGAUUUUUUUCUCACAUAUGUUACGAAUCAUUUGGAUACAUGUAAUGUUAGAAAGAUAAAUUUAAGAGAAACUAUUUAAAAAAAAAUUGUAAACAAUAACUAUACUUGAAAGUUUGUUUAUCUAUGAAUUAUUCUAUUUUUUGUUCAUGAGUAGGCUGUCUAUGGCUUGUAUGCGAUUCUUCUAUCUGUUAGUCAUGAGUAAGAGGUUGAUAUUUGAAGAGCUUUUCGAGUAUAUGUUUGGAGACAAACCAUUAGAAAAAAAAAGUAUGUGUUAAUGGAAACUCUUUAAAUGGUUUGAAUUUCUGUAUUUAAAAAAAAAAGCUUUAUGACAGCGUACAUACUAAUCAAUAACUAAGCUGUAUGAUUUUUAUUAUGGUUACACCAAAGUUGGAUAGUAAUGGCAUUUUAUGUAAUUAAUCUAGUGAAAGAAGGGCAUUUUAUUUAUGGCUAUGAAAAAGAUUCUAAAGAUGACACCUAAGUAAUGGCAUUUUGGUUAAUCACACAUGAGGGUAAGGUUAUUUAAUAAUAGUGCUCCUCAAAUAAUAUAAAAGAGAUUACACCAUAUUGUAUAAUUCUGUCCCGGGUAAAUAUUAUUUUUAGAUCCUCCACUGGGUACAAAGACUACUUCUUCUUCCAUACAUAUAUACAAUACUUUUAUAAGGAAAUGUAAUCAUAAUGAAUAUAUUAAUUAGAUAUGGAGUUUGAUUUAUUUACUAAUGUGUAUAAUUAUAUAUGGAAUGUUGAUUUGCAGAUAUCAAGAAUAGUUGGAGUCCUUAUCAGAGAUUAUGUAACCAUAAUUGGCUUUGACUAGUAUAUGUCAAGUUCUAAAAAUAAUCAUUUAUUUGCCAAAACAUUAAAAAUAUCUAAAUGUACAGAUAGUUAUAAAUUAAUUCUAAACGAGUGAAAUAUAUAUAUAUAUACAUGCUAACAUGGGUGUAUACAACACAUAAAAAUAUAGGACUUUGACAUAAAAGAAGAAAGGACGAUGAAGAGAGGAAGCGAAGAGAAGAACCAUGAAACCUCACUUUCACCCUUGCCACUUUGUCACCGAAAUAUCAACAUCCCUCUCGAUCUAACGGUGGAAAUACUAAAAAAACUACCCGCGAAAUCUUUAGUGAGGUUCAAAUGCGUCUCAAAGUGUUGGUCAUCAAUUAUCAGCAGCCGUAAAGACUUCAUAGAAUCGAUCGUGACUCGGUCCUUGACUCAGCCUCCGCGUGAUGCCCAUCUUAUCGAGGAUCUCUACAACAAGACUGAUGAAUGUUUGUUAGUCAUCUCAUCUCCUUGCCAUCAAAUGACUCACAAAGAAUCGGUAUCGAUCCUUGGAACAGAUCAUGAAUAUGCCCGCGGUUUGUUCUUUUGUUGGUCAUAUGACCAUCAAGAGGGAGCUAUAUAUAACCCUACUACGAGGCAGUCCUUCAACUUACCAAAGAUGAAACAUUCACAUCCUGGGAUUUGCUUCUUCGGAUAUGAACCUCUCGAGAAUCACUACAAAGUAUUGUUCAUACCGAACCCUGUCCACAGGGUGGAGCAGGCUUGUCAAGUUUUCACAUUAGGAGAUACCACGGCGGAGGAGCAGUGGAGAAAUAUCCAAAACAUUGAAUAUCUCUACCCAUUCUUAAGUUAUCGCAGUAUAGUUUCCAUCAACGGGGCUAUUUAUUUCCUAUCAAGGUUUAAAGUAAACGAUACUACUACUGAAUAUAAAAUUUUGAGGUUUGAUAUUCGGUCCGAAAAGUUUUAUAAUGUAGACCUUCCAAAAACUGUGACACUGAUGGAUCUGUGUUGGUAUUAUCUGAUAAACUACCAAGGAAAGUUUGGACUUAUAUGUUGCCAUCAGCGCAUGGAAAUUUGGAUUAUGGAAGAAGAUGCUGAGAAGAAGACACAAAGAUGGUCCAAGAUUUUCUUUUAUGAGAUGGAGGGUUUCGGUAACUGGUUCAUCUCGAAUGUUACUCGUGCUGGUGAGAUUGUUUUUAUCAAUACGCCUCUUGACACGUCACGUAUAUGUUAUUAUGAUCCCAAGCGCAACAGUGUCAGAUAUGUUGACCUUAAAGACAGCUAUCCUAAGGAAAGAGAUUGGGAUAAGGGUCUUCUAAUCAGGACUUUUCCAGAUUACGCCGAGAACACAAUGAGUUUGUACUAGUAAGGAUCUUUCAAUGCAACAUGUGCUUCUUUAUUGAUAGGUAUAAAUGUAAUGAUGGAAACAUAGGUUACAUAUAUAACCUAUUACAACGAAGGUCUCGUUGGGUUUGUCUUUUCUUUUGUUUGAUUAUUGCUGUAGUCCUUAAUUGUCAGAGAUUAUAUAAUAUGUAUGGAAUGUUGUUUUACAGAUAUUGAUAACAACUGUAGUUUUACCUGAGGUUUUUUUUUUUGAUAAGUAUGUGAAUUUUCAUUAGCAAGUAAUGACACAAAGAGAUACAAUUUGAUGAAAUCAAAUCCUAAUGCAUCUAAACACGCUGAACACAGCAAAUUAGUCUGAGAGGACCACAAAAAAAGAUCCUCACAAACACUAGAAGUUUAAUCAAUAUCUGAUGGAUAUGAUUAAAGCUUAGCUAUAACUAUGGAUUCAUCAACAGCCAUUUGAGUUUCAGUUGAUCAGAGUAGAGACUUGAUAACGGAACCUGCACCAAGAACAAAGAUCAAUAGAGAUAACAGCCGGAGAAGGCACCGCAGACCAUCCCACGAAGGCGCCUCCGAAAAGGGGACCUUAAAAGAAGCCAGCAAUAUAAGGAGUGGUGAACGUACAAACGGAUGGAAGCAGAGGUUUAUCGGCUCAGCUCUGGUCCCAUUCACGCAAGCAGAGCACUCGAAGAUGCGGUUUCAGAGCGUCGUGAAAGGCAAUUCUGAAACUUUGAGCAUAGAACUUCCCUUCUUGCACAGAUUAUACGCUUUGGUACAUCUUCGCUUCUGCAAUGACCAUGGAUUAUCACGUUAUACUUUUUUCUCAAGAUUGGAGUCAAAGACUCUAUCAGCUUCAUUCAUCAUUUCUUUCACACAGAAUCCUUUCAAAAGAGACACCACACUUUUGAAGUCCAUAUUGAUAUAUAUAUUACCCAAGUUUUAAAUGAGUGUUUGAUACGUGACCUCCGUAGGGACGGAUUCAUCGUAAAACAUCUUGAGCAAGAGUCUCUUCGCUUCUCUUGUGAACUGUGCGACUGUGAAGUAAACCUAGUUUAAAGCAUUUAUGUGUCUAGACAGUCCAACAUAAGCUAUAUUAAUACAACCCACACGAAAACCUUGAUUCUAGGACUCUCAAUAUAUUUUUCAUUAUCUAUACUAAAAAAAAUCAAAAGGAUACACAUUUUAUCAUUCAAACAAUAGUACAAGAAUAGAGAAGUGGGUAGUACUAGGUUUAUUAAGAAGGGUGAAACCAGUAGGAUUGAUGAAUUACGAAAGGGAAACAUUAAUAAAGUUCGGGUUGAAGUUUAUUCAAAUGUAACUGCACUUAGUGUAGUUGUUUCUAUUCUUGUAUUAGAGUCCAAAAUUACAAUAGACAACAUAAUAAGGAACCAAUCACACUAGAUUAAAUACAGUUGAUGAAUCUGUCACCAAUUCAAUAAGAGAGGGUGAACCAGAAGUAGCAUUAAAUCGAGCAGAAAGGAAAAAAAGAUCCUCCACUUUAAAUGACUAUAUUGUUUACACUAUAAUCGAAUGUGAUUUAAGCAUUGAUAAAGACCCGAUUUCAUUCAAAAAUAUUUAAAAUUCUAAAUAAUAGUUUGAUGCCGCAAAAAAGAGACAUUAUGUGGGUGAUAACAAAAUAUGGGACUUUGUAUAGUUGUCUGAUGGUUUCAUAAUCGUUUGUUUUAACUUUUAAAACAUGAACAUGACUGGAAACGUAAUAUUUAGAGAUGCAAGGCUCACCUUGUUACUAAAGGGUUUUACCAAAAAGCAUGAAAUUGACUAGAUUAUGAUUCGAGCGUACAAAUAUUUUUUGACAAAAUCUAAUUUACAAUAUCAAUAGAUUUUUUAAAAAAAUUGAUAAGUAAUUUUUUUAAACAUUUUUACUUUAGUUUAUUUGAAAACUAUAUAAUUAUAUUAUUUUCUAUUUAUAUCAAAUAGGAAAAUUAUCUAAAAUAUAUAUUUUUUUAAAUUAUUUCAACCCGUUCAUUACAAAUUUUUAAUAAAAUAUCUGUAAUUUGUUUGAUUAAAUUUGUGAUAUAUACUUAUCUGAUGAAUGUUUAAUUGUAAAACUUAUUUGGUGUUAAUUUAUUGACUCUAACAUUUUAUUUGUAUACAAACUAUUUGAUGUUAAUUGAUUUUAUGAUUUUUUUGUAGUAUAUAAACCCGCAAAAUAGUUAUACUUAUUUUCAACUUUUUAUAAAUUAUUUGAGUGGUUUUAAAUCAAAUAAUUUAAAAGGAAGAUAAAUAAAAAUUUAUUAAAAAGGUAUGAUCUAAUGUUUUAUAUUGUUGGACACAAGAUUACCUAUUAUGUUUUUUGGAAACACUUAAUAGUAUGAUGUUGUUUUCUAUAAUUAUAAGAUUGAAUUUAACUAUAUAAUAGAAAGUGUAUUUAAUUAAAAAUCUUACAAAAAAAAAUUAGGUCGAUGAGAAUGAUCAUAUUUUAAUAAGAGAGAUUAUGAUUCGAAGUUUCACCAAAUGGAUGUGAAAACCAUCUUCUAAAUGGAGAGCAGGAGGAAGAAGUAUAUAUGGACCAACCUUAGGGGGUUUGUAGCGAAAUAUGAAAAGAAAAUAAGGUAUACAAGCUGAGAAAAUAAUUUUAUGGACAAAACAAGCUUGUAAAUAGUGGUAAUUAAAGUUUAAUGAUAGCAUCAUGUCAUUUGGUUUUGUAGAAAUGAUCGUUCAUCGAUGUAACUACUACAUUAAGGUUAGUGAUAGCAUAAUUGUUAUGUUAGUCUAAUAUGUUGACAGAGAUACAUCAUAAUGAUUGUUGAGUUUGUCUUAUAAAUGAUAUAUUAGUUAGAUCUUAGAAAGAUAUGAAUACCAUGUAAAAAUAGCUCCAAUUCAAAAAGGGGACACAUUCAGCAAAAAAACGGUGAAAAACUUUAUGAAUCACUGGUUGGGAAUUUGAACUAUGUUUAGGACAUAUAUACUCGACCAUAGGUCGUGUACAAAUUAAGAAAACGGUGAAAAACUGUGUGCCCAAACUCCAAGAAGUUGAAAAACGUUUCAUUAAACGUUUACAAAUAAAAAGUCUUUGCCAAGAUUGAUAAUCGUGCCACACUAGUCAAGCUCUGUCUCGUCAACUGCUGCAACUUGAAUCAAGAAACUUUUCUUCAGCAAGAAUCACAUCAUUUUGCCAGGUGUACAAGUGCCUUCCUAUUUCAUUCACCGGACCACUGGUAACUUUCAGGUUUAAGGCUUGUGCUGUUUUCGUUCAGGUAAGUUGUCGGUUGGGAGGUAGAUUGGAGAACGACUUUGAUUCAAGAUGGGCGUCAUAUGGUUAUAUUUGACUAUAUUUUGCCUUUACACGACGAAAAUUCUCCUCUCCUCAUCCAAUACAAAACUACAAUCAUGUGGAUAUACAGUUUCAUCUCAUCACUGAUGACAGCUCAAAGUUCAGUUUAGUAGGAUGUGGCACGAGACUUCACAAUGACAAUACUCCAUCUAUGGAUAGCAGAGCUAGAAAUUUAAAUAUAGUUCAAGAUAGCAACUAUGAGACUGAAGAGAAUGGAGACAGCGAGAUAGUGACAAAGAGAAACAGGAAGCUGCCCACGGCCAGGUAAUGAACUGAACAUUCUCUGUCUCUUUUUCUUGACAUCCCAUAUAUAUCUUUGAUUUUUCAUAGCCUUGCAAGACUAGCCUGUGCUUAAUGAAGCCGUCCCUGAAAACAAGAUGAAACUUAACUCUUCUGAAACAAUUUGUUACCCCCUUGUGUGUAAACCAGAGCUUGUUUUGAAAAGUGUAUGAUCUAUCAAGAUAUGUAUGUACUUUGACCAAAAAAAAAAAAA